AUGGCAACAUUAACAUCAACUGAAAUAAAUGACGAUCAUGAAGAAAACGAUUCAACUUUAACUGCUAAUACAGCAGCACUUACAUUUCACAAUAGAAUUUCACAACAUACAACAACAUUAAUUGUCGAUUCGACGCCAGAGAAUAUGUCUUCAUUGAAUUCUUAUAGCAGUGCUCAAAAUCAAAAUAAUCAUCAUGAAACUGAAGUUAUACGACCUUUUAAUGAUCCUGGUUUAGCCAUCCAACAAAGUAAAAGUACUAGUGAAAAAUGGUUGAUUGAUUUUGAUUCACCUAAGUCAGCUCCACAAGGAGCUUAUUCAGUAUUAUCUCAAGCUGUUAAAAAAUUAGUAUCAGAACGAACUGCUUGUCGAUUCGGUUGUCGAGGUGCUAAUUGUAAAUAUGAAAGAUCUGAUUAUUGGCGUCCAGAACAAAUGGCUAUUAAUGGAAUCUAUUCGAAUUGGAUAACUGAUAAUAUUUUAGCAUGUUCCCGUCCUACUAGUCGUCAUAGUGAUUUGAAGAAACUAUUUUAUGAAGCUGGUAUUCGUGCUAUAUUUAAUUUGGAAACACCUGAUGAGCAUAUUCAUUGUGGACAUGGCAAUCAUUCAUCAGGCUAUGCUUACGACCCAACUGAGUUCAUGAGUUUGGGGAUUUUUAUUUAUAACUAUGCUAUGGAAGAUUACGGAACAGUUAAAGUCGAAACAAUACUUGAUAUUAUGAAAGUGAUGAGUUUUGCGAUGAAGCAAGGAAAGAUUGCAGUACAUUGUCAUGCUGGUCUUGGUCGUACAGGUUUUGUUAUUUGUUCAUAUCUUGUACAUGAAUAUCGUAUGACUGCUCAUAACUCAAUACAUUAUAUUCGCGCAAGACGACCCGGUAGUGUACAAAUGACAAAACAAAUUGAAGUGGUGGAAGAAUAUGAACAGUUUCUAAUUCCGAAACGAAUAGUUUUUACUGAUUGUGCUGAUGUAAAUGAUGAACUUCUAUUGGAUGUGCAUUUAAAAAAUCAACAAGCUUUUAUUCAUGGCCGUGAUGCAUUUAUUUACAAAUGGAUUCCAAGAGUAUUGUUUGUAUGUGCUGCUCGUUUAAUCGAAUUAUGUAUAGGCUAUAGGAUUGACACGAUCUUACUCACCCUGAAUCGUCGAGUAAAGGACAAGCCAGUGUUUGUUCGUGAAAAUCUUCAAACCUUAACUGCAGAAGAAAAAGCGACAUGGUUGGAUUUUGCACCGUCAUUUUUUUAUGAACACGAGCGUCUGUCCCAUAGUGAUUUUAGCCCAUAUAAGCAGAUAAUUAAUUGCAUGAUAUUGUCUAUUCAAGAAGAUUUUCUCACAUCAGAGCAACAACUGAAAGUGUUAGCAUUGAAACAAAAAAUAAAUAAAAUAAAUAAUGGUGUUGAUGAAAUUUUUGAAGAAACAGAUCCAUGUAUUAUCAGUGCAGUUUUGUGGACAUGGCUAAGGUUAUUAAAAAAUCCUGUAAUUGCAAAAGAGAAUUUUGAAUUAUUUACUGAAGCAAAUGUUCGACAACCAUUAGUGAUUUUAGAAAAAUUACAUAAACCUCAACGUGGUACAAUCGAAUUACUUGCGAAGAUGUUUGCUUACAUUCGUCGAUUUGCUGUUACUGAUAAAGGUCGUUUGUUAGUCUAUUGUAUAAUACAUUUUCUUACUCAUUCUCCAUUGCCUGAUACAAAUGAACUUAAAACAUUAACAGUAGAUUACGAUCAACUACGUUUAUUUCUAAUAUCUAAAAAAGCAAACUAUCAAGAUAAGAAACAACAAACUAAUGUUGAAAAUAUUGUCAGUACUACAAGUCUUAAUCAGAAAUUAUUAGACAGCCUCGAAUUAUUUUUUAUUUGUAUUGCUACUCAAUUUGAACAGCAUUAA